UAAAAUGCGAGCAUGUCACAUGAGCGAAGACAAAGGCGGAUAUGAAGGAAGAGGGUGAUAAAGAGCAGCCAGGUGGUUUAGCCCAUUUAUUAAUUUUAUUCAUUAGUCCGGGUCCGGAUCAUUUCAUAGAUGCGUUAGCGGGUGGUACAUGCCAUGAGCAAGGUUUAGAUUACAGCCUGAAACACCUUUUGUUAUAAAUAUGAUAUCGAAAACUAAGAUCCUAUAAUAGCGGAUGCUGAGGAGGAACCGGAUUCACUGGACGCAUGAAUUAAACAAUCACCAACACCUCACGUUUACACCCUUAAUGUGCUCAAACGGAGGUGUGUGGAGGAGAGAGCUAUUUGAGCCCGCAGCCGAUGCCCGGAGAAUACAGCAGCCUGUGUGCAGGCAGCUGUGGACGACAGAAAGGUGGUACCCAAGUGUCGGUGUUUAUUAUCUGGGAUCGGACUCCGGAGGCGCGUCGCUGAGGUAUGGGCUGCGCUCCCAGUAUCCACGUCUCUCAGAGCGGGGUGAUCUACUGCCGAGACUCAGACGAAUCCAACUCCCCCCACCAGACCACCACCAUCUCUCAGGGCACCGCGGCCACGCUACAUGGGCUCUUCAUCAAAACCGAUGCGGCCGAGACCAUCCCCUCUGUCAUCACCUACCAGAACCGGCACUCGCGCAACAACUCGUACCGGGAUCGCAAGGAGAACAGCGGUGGACACAUCCGCAUCGAGGCCGAGACGCAGACCAGCCACACCAGCGUCAAGGUUUCAGCUACAGAAGAAUGUGUAGGACCUAUGAGACUGACUCAAGAGCCAAUUCAGGUCCUGCUAGUGUUCGCCAAGGAGGACAGCCAAAGUGAUGCCUUCUGGUGGGCCUGCGACCGUGCUGGGUUCAGGUGUAACAUCGCACGGACGCCCGAGUCUGCCGUUGAGUGUUUCCUGGACAAGCACCAUGAGAUUAUAGUCAUUGAUGGACGCCACUCACGCUACUUUGAGCCUGAGGCUGUAUGCCGGCUGAUCCGCGCCACAAAGCCCUCUGAAAACACAGUUGUUCUUGCCGUUGUGCCACAAAAACCUGCUGAUCAGGACGAGCCAUCUGUCCUUCCUCUCCUCUGUGCUGGAUUUAGCAGAAGGUUUGUGGAGAACAGCAGUGUGUCAGCCUGCUAUAAUGAGCUCGUACAGAUUGAACACGGAGAGGUGCGCUGCCAGUUCAAACUCAGGGCUUGUAACGCGGUCUUCACAGCUUUGGAGCACUGCCAAGAGGCGGUGGAGAUCACCAGUGAGGACCACAUAAUACAGUACGUGAACCCAGCGUUCGAGCGGAUGAUGGGCUACCACAAGGGGGAGUUGAUCGGGAAGGAAUUGACAGAGCUCCCCAAGAGUGACAAGAACAGAGCUGACCUGCUGGACACAAUCAACACCUGUAUCAAAAAAGGAAAGGAAUGGCAGGGUAUUUAUUAUGCCAGAAAGAAGUCAGGCGACAGUAUACAACAGCAAGUGAAGAUAACACCUGUCAUCGGCCAAGGAGGGAAGAUUCGACAUUUUGUAGCCAUCAAGAGAGCUCAUGUUGACAACAAUAAUCAGGUCCACAAGUUCAACAAGGAGGAGAGAUGCAGCGGGGAACAUUCUCAGUCAGACUGCCAUUCUCUACGCCACCGGGACAGGAGGAAAGAUUCAGUUGAUGCCAGAUCGCUCAGCUCUCGUGGUAGUGACGCUCCCAGUUUACAGAAUCGAAGAUAUUCCUCUAUCGCCAGGAUUCACUCCAUGACUAUCGAGGCUCCCAUCACCAAGGUAAUAAACAUCAUCAACGCAGCCCAGGAGAACAGUCCAGUAACAGUAGCCGAGGCACUGGAUCGUGUGUUGGAGAUCCUGAGAACCACCGAGCUCUACUCCCCUCAGCUCGCCUCCAAAGAAGAUGACCCCCACACCAACGACCUGGUUGGGGGGCUCAUGAAUGAUGGGCUGCGUAGACUCUCUGGGAAUGAAUAUGUCUUCUGCAAAAAUAUGAGCCCGAGCCAGCUGGCCAUCCCAAUCACUCUGAAUGACGUCCCUCCACCCAUUGCUGAGAUGCUGAAUGAUGAGGAGUGCUGGGAGUUCAACAUCCUGGAGCUGGAGGCAGCUACACACAAGAGACCGCUGACUUACCUCGGACUGAAGAUCUUCACGAGUUUCGGUGUGUGUGAGUUCCUGAACUGCUCGGAGGCCACGCUGCGCUCCUGGCUGCAGGUCAUUGAGGCCAGCUACCACUCUUCAAACUCCUACCACAACUCCACACAUGCCGCAGACGUGCUGCACGCUACAGCCUACUUCCUACGCAAAGAGAGAGUCAAGAGCAGUCUGGAUCAGCUGGAUGAAGUGGCGGCACUGAUAGCAGCCACAGUGCACGAUGUGGACCACCCAGGCAGGACAAACUCCUUCCUGUGUAACGCCGGUAGUGAACUGGCGAUCCUCUACAAUGACACAGCUGUGCUGGAGAGCCACCACGCAGCCCUCGCCUUCCAGCUCACUGUCCGAGACAGCAAGAGCAACAUCUUCAAGAACACAGACAGAAAUCAGUUCAGAACACUGCGACAGGCAAUUAUUGACAUGGUGCUGGCUACAGAGAUGACCAGACACUUUGAGCACGUCAGCAAGUUUGUCAACAGCAUCAACAAGCCGAUGGCUGCCAUAGAGGAGACCAGUAGCAUGAACAGCGACUGCGAGGGUCAGGCCAACAUCAGAAACUCUCCAGAGAACCGUUUGCUGAUAAAGAGGAUGUUGAUCAAGUGUGCAGAUGUGGCAAAUCCCUGCAGACCGCUCGAGCUCUGCAUCGAGUGGGCUGGACGGAUCUCUGAGGAGUAUUUUGCACAGACAGAUGAGGAAAAGAGACAAGGGCUGCCGGUGGUGAUGCCAGUGUUUGACAGGAACACCUGCAGCGUGCCCAAAUCUCAGAUCUCCUUCAUAGACUACUUCAUCACUGAUAUGUUUGACGCCUGGGAUGCCUUCGCCUGCCUACCUGGUCUCAUGGAACACCUGUCGGAGAAUUACAAGUACUGGAAGAGCCUGGAUGAGAUGAAGUGUAAGAGCCUGCGUCCUCCCCCUCCUUCUUGACCAAUUCCUAAUCGCCUCCUCUCAUCCAUCACUCCGGGCAGGCUAAGACAGAGAACGCAGCCCUGCAGUGGAACAAAGUCUCUUCAGCUGUGAUUCGACGGAGGUCUGUGCCCUCCCGGGCACCCCCGGACACAUUCUCGGACCCAAAGCUGGUCAAUCGGGGGACUCUGAAAGCAGACAUCACUGACUGAUGAACACUGAGACGCUGUUUCAAUCUCAAAUCACAGCCUCUUUUCUUGUUUGGUUCUCGUGGAGGUGGUGUUCUGCCAGUUGAGAACAGGUUGUCAUUUGAGGGCCCCGCCGACUCUCUGUUGUCACUUUAUGGCCCUGUUAAGUAUUCCAAAUAGCACCGCUACAAAACUGUGUUGACCUCAUCAUUCACUUGACAAUCUGUACCGUCCAUUGUAACAUCAGAAACCUGCACUUUAGCUAAUCAAGACACUUUCAUUUUGAGCUCCUCCUUGCUAUUUUUGCUUUUCAGUAGUUUUUUUCCUCAGUUUUCUUUAAACAGAUCUUUUUAUUCUACGUCUGUCUAUUGCUGUAAAAGAAAUGUGGUGAAUAACGUGGUCACCAAAGCUAGAGUCACUAACUGAGAAUAAGUACAAAGACGGAUCUGUUCGUGCUUGCCGGUUAAUGUGUGUGUACUAAAUUGCCAACUUGCGAAGGUGCUCAUCUGGAAAUUAUUCUUAUAAACUGUGAUAAGGUCUACAGUAUGAGACACACUUUGACUUGUGUAUGGGACCAAAUUCUUAGCAAACCCUGUCGGCCCUGUACAGAAAAAACUUGUUUAAGAAAGGGGAGCAAGUACCAGGAUCCAAUCAGAGAGGGAGAACCAGCACAAAGGUUUUCUAAAUGUCCAGCCCCAGAUACAGAGGUAGCCUCCAAGAAGACCUGUGUUUGUGAUGACUGCUGGAUCUAAAGAUCAUGUAGCUCUGUAACAAGUGGUGAAACAUCUCCCUC